ACCAGAUCGGUGGCCCAGCCAGUCCCUUGCGUAACGUACCUAGGUACCCACUGGCUGGCUGGCUGGCUGGCUGCACUUAGCACCCCUGCCGCCAGCCUCCCUCGCCCACUCUGCUCACGCGCGUGCGAUGCGCGUUCUAGAAUUCUUUGCUGGUCCACCACCACUUUACCACCACACCCACCCAUCACCACCAGCCUCACCACACAAACCACCACAACCACAAACAGGCCACCGCUUCGCGCCCCUAGCAAUCACGGCACCCUGGCCAGCUGUCCGCGAUCUCUCCUCCAGCUAUCCUACCACGCCCUGUCCUCCAUCCACUUCUCCCACCAACCCACCCUGCGGCACCUCGCCCACUACCCAACGCCCUUGCGGCGCACGAUACACACGCUUCCGCAGCCAUGCCGCCUUCCUCGAAGCGCUCCCAGCGCACUCGCAAAGUACGCGACAGCAGCCCUAGCCCGGCGCCGACAGACCAGACAGCCUCCCCCUCCCGCCCGCCCAAGCGCAGGAAGAAGGUCCAGGAACCAACAUCGGAACCCAUAGAGGAGGAAGGCUCCAGUCUCCUCGCCGACACCUCGGCCAACCUCAACGACGACGAUCGCCUGGUGGCCCAGGUCACACAGCGCCUUGCACAGGCUGGCCAGGUCCAGGCUCGCAUCGACCACUCAAACGCCAUCCACGAGGCCCGCGCAGAGUCGAUCGAGGCCUACGCAAAGAUCGCCGCCCACGACUGGACCUACUUCAUCACCUCGCUCUCCAUCAACAUUGGCCGUACCUCGGAGCCCGGCGCUGCCACCACUGUCGCGCCCGACGACCCCGAGUUUGUCCACAUCGACCUCGGCCCUGGCAAGCACGUCUCCCGCCAGACUGCCGUCAUCUACUUUGACUCGGACGCCGAGCGCUGGUUUCUGCAGGUCAAGGGCCGCAACGGGGUCAAGGUUGACAACAACCCUCUGCGUCGGGAAGAUGAGCCUCACGCGCUCAGCAGCGGCGAGGUGAUCGAGGUGGGGGGUCUCGAGAUGAUGUUUGUCAUGCCGACCAAUAUUGUGCCAAUCCGCGUCCACCCAACAUACCUGGAGCGUCUGAACGAGAAGAAGGGCUUGACGCAGCAAAGUCCUCUGCUUUCUUCCUCGGCGACUGCCCAUAAUGACCACAGGACGGCCCUGCCCUCGACAGUGCCUACUCAGCAUUUCCCGUCGUCAUCCUCGUCGACUCAUGCGCCUGCUCGGCCAAGUUCUUCCCGUGAGCAGGCAUCGUCGUUUCCACAGCCCAUCGCACCCGCGCCACCCGACUACAAACGCGUCGGCACUCCACCUUCAAGCAAACGGGCAGCUCCGAGCUCAGCAUUCAGGACUCCGGCCCACAAUGGCUCGGCCUCGAUGAUCAUGAACCAGAACGACGUGGACUUGAGCAAGGACGAGAACAAGCACAUCAAGCCACAUUUCAGCUACGCGCAAAUGAUCACACAGGCGAUCAUGGCUACUGCGGAACACAAGCUCAACCUCGCCGGUGUAUACCAAUACAUCACCAGUAACUAUGCUUACUACAGAGCACAGCCAGCAGGAGGAUGGCAGAACUCCAUUCGACACAAUCUGUCUCUGAACAAAUCCUUCUCCAAGGCCCCCAGGUCGACAGAUGAGCCUGGCAAGGGCAUGAAAUGGGAGAUUGUCCCCGAGGCUAAGGAGGAGAUGUUCCGCGUUGCGUACAAGGGCGGACGUGGUGGUCACCGGGGCUCAUCUGCGCCGUCUUCCCCCAGCCAGGCCGGACAGGCCGCAUCUGCGCUGAGAGACACCAUAGCACGGGAGACCAUCUCGGCUCGUAAGCGCAAGGGCUCGCCAACGAGGUCCACGCCGCCAACUUCCUCCUACAAUGCUGCGCAGAUGACCCCGGACCGCAAGCUGCUUCCUUCGGGCCCAGGGAGUUUCCAAGAUGGCAGCCCGCUACCUCGCGCGCGCAAGCCGUUGGGUGCUUCCAGCUCAUUUCCUUCUGACAACCUAGCGCGAUCCCCUCCAACGCUGUCAUCUUCAUAUCAGCCUGAGGAUGGAGCCUCAUUCGUCACGCCCGCGCCCCUGCGCGUCCAUCCCCGGCUUGCACCGCCAAGCACCGCGCAAAGACCGAGCCAGCACAUGCCGACCAGCUCACCGGCGCCGUUCUGGCGGUACGCAGACAUCAACAGCACACCACUCAAAUUCAAUAUCAGCCCGUCAAAGCCAUCGAGGCUGCUGCCAGAGUGCAGUAGUCCACCGCCAGUGCCUGGGGAUCGGCAGUCACCAGUGGCGAGCCCGACGAGAUCGAUGCGUGCCCAGACUCAUGAGACGACAAGUGCCGCAGCCCCCGAUCUGGAUGAGCCAGAGGUUGAGGAGGAGGAGGAGGGCGGAUUUGACUUGACAAAGGGCUUCCAACCAAUUGCUUCCUAUCAUGCUCCCAUUGCUCUGGGCGGUCUCGUUCCUCGUGCAGGCAGCACGCGAGCUGGAAAGUAGAGGCAGCUCGUGUGAGCAUGACAGGACAGGACAGGGCAGGGCCGGGACGACGAGAAUCAUGACAUCUGCGUUUGUUUCGCACGGUAGCCAUGGCAGGAACUUGAUGGUCUUCCGAUCUUCCAAGGCCCGAAACUUGCGUUACAUCAAUGGAACGACUUGUAUGCGCUCGAAGACACUUGUUGCGACCAUCCUUUUUGUGAUUUGUACUGUGUGAUUCAUUUUAUGUUUUGGCCAUGUCUCUGGUGUGCCGUUACACUCCCAGUGUUGCUUUCGUCUUUAAAAUCUUCAUACACAUGUAUCUCGACACCGGAGACCAACUACGCUCGCAUUACCGCCGGGAAAGGGUCCCGCGGCCGCAAAGAAUGCCGUCUUCUCGUACAAUGCAAAACAUGUGAAUCAGGGAG